AAAGCCUCUUGCAUGAUUGUAUCUCCAUCAUGGCUAAAACCCUUACUUACUUCGCCUUCCUCUUCUUCUCCACCGUCGCCGCUGCCGUCGGCGAUGGCCACACUUUCUCCAGAAACCUUUCUCCCGAAUCAUUAGGCCUCAAGCGUGAGAAGCUCAGCCACCUCCACUUCUACUUCCAUGACGUCCUUACCGGACCCAAUCCCACCGUCGUGAGAGUGGCGGAGGCCGCCGUGACCAACAAGUCUGCCACGCUGUUCGGCGGGGUGGCGGUUCUGGACGAUCCCUUGACUGUGGGGCCCGAACCCAGCUCCAAGUUGGUGGGAAGAGCUCAAGGAAUGUACGCAGCGGCCUCGCAGAAGGAAUUUGGUUUGUUGAUGGUGAUGAACUUUGCUUUCAUGGAGGGAAAGUAUAACGGCAGUACUCUCAGUGUUUUGGGACGAAACACAAUCUUCUCGAAGGUGCGGGAGAUGCCGAUCAUCGGCGGGAGUGGGGUUUUCCGAUAUGCACGUGGGUAUGUUGAGGCGAGGACUUACAGCUUUAACGUCAAAUCAGGAGAUGCGGUUGUGGAGUAUAAUGUUUAUGCUUUCCAUUACUGAUUUCUCUCUCUAACUCUAUGUUGGCUAUUUGCUUUAAUUUCUCUCCAAUAAUGCUUCUGAUGAUGAGAGGGUGAUGUUGACUUCUCUGUCACAGAGGAGCUCCAGUCUUCUCUUUACGUAUUGUGCUUGAUGGCUGAACGGAAAUUUUCAAUUCAUCUAAUUUGUUUGUGAUUUAUAUCUUUUAA